GGAAUUAUAUAAGAGGUGGGCCAGUAUUUAGAUCAGCAUCAUAUGUUCUUGUAACGUGUGGUGGAUGAGACACCUGAGUUGAUUGUCUGAUGGAAAUCGGGUUUUUGGCCGUUUGAGUGAAAUUGAAAGUGAAUUUUGAGUGGAAUCGAGAAAAAGGUCCCGACAAUACCGUGAAGUGCAGGAAGCAGCAGACUCCCUACUAUCGUCCUUCUGUUUCGAAACAUGUACGCCAUAGUUUUGAUUGCUCUGGCAGUACUGCAGGUGAAUGUACGAGCAGCUGACCCAGACCGAUGGGUAUGGAAUUCGAACGGUGGGCAUGAUAAAUUGGACGGUAGCUUUGAAAGGAUUCAAGUUCCCGUGCCAGACAGGAGAGGAAACCGCGGCCCGAAUACAUUUCCAGAGAAUGAUAUCAAACGGUACGAUGUUAGGGAGCCAACCACCGAGCCGCCUCCGAACCUAACUAAACCACAAAAGGAUGAAUUAGACGCUUUCAAUACUGAUCCAAGAUUUGGUGCUGGAAAUGGUGGUUAUGGAGAUCCCAAUGGUUUUGCAUAUCCUGGCGGAGGAAUCGGUCCAAACUAUCCUGUAGGUAAUCCUCAGAAGGGAAUAUUAGUGGGUCCAGAAGGACCAACAGGGAUCAUAGGACGACCAAAAGGUAACCCAGCUAAUGGAAUUUUAGUAGGACCGGGUGGUCCCACAGGAAUAAUUGGAAGGCCAUAUCCAACACCGCCAUAUCCAGGAGGACAAGGACCUGUUGGCCCUGGAUUGCUGCCGGGAGGACCUGGCGGACAGCUUCCCAUUGGACCAGGUGGACCAGGUGGUCAAUAUCCUGGCGGACCAGGACUUUUCCCAGGAGGUCCUGGACAAUAUCCUGGUGGACCAGGACAAUUUCCAGGAGGUGGUCCAGGACAAUUUCCAGGAGGCGGUCCAGGACAAUUUCCAGGCGGACCAGGACAAUUUCCGGGAGGACCAGGACAAUAUCCCGGUGGUCCAGGCGGAUUCCCGGCUGGUCCUGGACAAUACCCUAGUGGACCAGGACAAUUUCCAGGAGGACCAGGACAAUUUCCAGGAGGACCAGGACAAUUUCCAGGAGGACCAGGCCAAUUUCCCGGUGGGUCGGGACAGUAUCCAGGUGGACCAGGAGGAUAUCCAGGACAAUAUCCAGGUGGGCCUGGACAAUUUCCAAGUGGACCAGGAGGAUAUCCAGGACAAUAUCCAGGCUAUGAUCAAGGCCAAUAUCCAGGGCAAGGACCAUAUCCGGGCAAUGGUUUUAGUCCUUAUGAUAGUAAUGGACAAUAUGGUCCGGAAGGCGAAUUUGACAAUAACUCAUUAGGUAGGAAAGCUAAUAAGGAUGCAUUAAAAAAUGAUAGGAAAAAUAGUAAUGUCCUGAAAAGUGCCUGAUUGCAUUCAGAUGUGUAUUUAUUUGUCAUUGAUAGAAUCAGCUUGAUUUCAUCUCAUUCCAUUGCAGCUGAAUUUCUCAUCAGUUCUCAUUCUUAUAAGUCUUUUUAAGUUAUUUUUAGAAAACUCCUUAAGGUUUAUAUAAUAAUUUCAAUGUAUUAUUUGUAAGUAUAUCCUGAAAGUUUAAGCAAAAAAGGAUGCAAUUAUAUUCAUACAGUUUUUUUAUAAUAAAAGGAAAAAACUCAAUCAAA